UGGCUGCUGCCCUCGCCAUGUUCACUGCCAAUGCAAUGCUGUCCAGUAACAGCCAAUAGUGCAGCGUAAUGCAAUGCUGAGAGAAUCGCAUUGUCAUGGAUGCAAAAUGCUUACUCUGCUUAACACAUCGUCGUCGUUGUCGCGUCGUGCGCGCAUGUUGAGCCCCAAGGGACUGGGCGACCGUUGACACUGACGACGCGACGACGGCGGGCCGGGUCCAGUAGCGUUGGGGUCGAUCAAUCGGCUUGCUAUCGAACGGAGUCCAGUUGCGUUCAGGUAUUAUGAGAGAUCGCGUCGUGGUGGAUAAUAGUACGCGGGCAAGGAUCGGUCGCCGUUGUCGUAGGUUAUGUAAUAUCGCGUACAAGCGGAUUCAAAUUUCGGUUCCCGUAGUUUGGGGUUGUUUUGCUGUUCUGUUCGAGUAAUAUGAAGAAGCUGCGGGUGAUUCGCAUUGUGAUUCAGCGGGUGUUGAUUACUGCGGCAGUGUUUUGGGCGGCGAUAAUGGUGAUCCAAUUUACGGCUAUUACUCCAAAAGCUGUUUAUAGUCCGUGCAAACGCCCAUGCAACCGGGCCGAUUGGCCCCGGAUCUGUCGCUACCGGCUGGUUAUAGAAAAAUUCUCGCUGCCCAAGUUUCUACUAGUGGACCAUAAAAAUAUAAUUAGCAAUGAAAACGGAGCAGCGACCGGCGACGACGGAUCUGGUAAAAUCAACAGGCAGCUCGAAAGUCACUAUUUUCUUGUCAACGGGCAGCACACCGGACCGGCGUUGGAGGUAUGCAAGAACGAUUUUCUCGUGAUUGACGUGGAAAAUCGCAUCCCGGGGCGAAGCAUUGCGCUGCAUUGGACCGGGCAGACGCAGAAGCGAACCCCAUUUAUGGACGGCGUUCCAAUGAUAUCUCAAUGCCCCAUUACCAGUUACACAACAUUCCAGUACAAAUUCCAAGCAAACCGAGUGGGAACGCACCUGUACUACGGUUUCUCCAACGACGAGCGAAAGCUAGGUCUGAUUGGUGCGUUGGUGGUACGGUCAGUCCACGAACAAAGUCAACACCCGUUGACAAGCCAGUGUCAAGAUGAUUUGAUUUGGCUCAUCUCGGAAGUGAACGGAACCUUCCUGAUUAACGGAAACAGAAGCAUGGUCCUGGAAGUGCAACCCCGCCGGCGGUACCGACUGAGGGUGGCGUAUGCUGGGCCGGUCGGUUCACAGAACCGCUGUCAGCGCUGGCUGGAGAUACAGGAUCACAAUCUGACGGUGAUUGCAUUAGAUGGAAAUUUAGUAGAGCCACUUGUGGUGGAACGAGUUGCUCUUUCGGACGGUAACCGAGUCGAUCUCAUUGUGCACACCAACGUGCACGCGGUGAAACAGGAUUAUGAAAUUCGCCUCGUUGCCACUGGUGAUAGUACUGGUUCGGUGAACGACGCCGGCAACGGCAUCGAGUGCCAUCCUCGUCGCCGGGAUGAGUUGCCAUAUGCUUACGGUUCAACGAACAAUUUUAGAUUAAAGUAUGUGCGAUCCGAGACAGCUGAUUCAGCACUGCGUCCCACCAGCGGCGCAGCGACGCCAGCAGAAGCAACAUCCUCAACGUCGUCAGCCAAACCGCCAGCCCGAAAGCGACUCGGAUUCAACGUGGGUCGUACCGUGUGCAGCAACAGUUCCGGCGCCGACGUUGUCGCUGAUGGGCCUUUCCCACCGGGAGCUCGCAGCCGUCCGGACAAACUGUGUCUGCUCAAUGUAAGGACCAGAGCGAACGGCGGCGGCGAUGCCAGGGAUCGCUUUCCAUCCGAACUGCGUGAAGUGGAAAGGCAGAUCAGCCUGGUGCUCACCAAGCGGAAAGUUGAAAGACAAAUUUUCGGAGAACGCUUCUACGACUUGUCCUACAGCGUGAACGGGUUCAGCUUUAUUUAUCCUUCGGUGCUGAUGUUGCAGCGAAAAUUCAACGAUGACGCCGAUUUGGAGCACAUUAUAUGCAGCAAUAGCAGCGGCUACCGACGGAUGCCAAAAAAGUGUCAUCAAACUGUGGACGAGACCUGCGAAUGUGUUCAUGUUGAGUCUGUGGAGCUCGGCCAUCGUGUUGAGCUGGUUAUAGUCAACGAAGAUAACGAUUCGGCUUAUACCUACCACCUGCAUGGGUAUUCGUUUUUCGUAAUUGCAUCGACUCGAUUGAACCAACAAGAGAGUUGGCAAAGCCAGCUGCACAAUUUGAAACGUAACUAUGAUCGACCCGUUCUGCUGGAUACAGUCAGGAUAGAAAGCAACUCGAUGGUGGUAAUGCGAUUCGUUGCAGCAAAUGCAGGACUAUGGAUGCUACGAGAUCUGGAUGCAGAGCACGAGUGGAGCCGAGGGCUAGAUGUGCUUUUGAAUGUGAGAGCAUCAGAGACUGAAAUUAAUUUUCCGGAGGAUUUUCCUAAGUGUAGACACUUUAUUGGACCAAAGUAUUUCCUGAUUUAGAAAAUCUUUUGAACUAAAUGGAAAAGUGUUGUAUUUCUUCACUGAUG